AUGUGCGCCGACAGAACUCCUUCGCCGCACGAAGAUGAUGACAGCAUCAUUGAACCUGAUGACUUCGAUGACAACGACUCCACUUAUCCCGACUCGCUGGAUGAUGCCAGUUAUACUUCCAGUCUCGCCUCGAGUGCUAUGAAUUAUGCCUAUGAGGUAUUUCUAGGUUUCCCGAACCCGAUUGCCGCAUCCUCAUCUCUGACCAAUUUCGCCUCGCCCUCAGAACGGUCGCAGAUAUCAUUCCUACCAUGA